AUGGCUACUGAGUUAGUGAGUUUUUUCACUAACCUGAUUGGUGUUGAGGACCCUUUAGUCAGGAGUAGUUCUGCUGAGGAUCUAAAAGGUCUGCUAAACUAUUCCUUGCCAGAAGGAGCUAUUGAUUUUUUAACUAGAAAGGUGAGUGAUAUGGAGAUUAAGGAGGCCCUAUUUAAGCAAGAAAAGGACAAGAGCCCAGACCCUGAUGGUUAUACCUCUGGAUUUUUCAAGGCUGCCUGGGACAUUGUAGGUACUGACUUUAUUUCUGUUGUGAGACUAGCCCCUUUCUUCCCUGGCAUGAUAUCCCUUAGUCAAUCAGUUUUUGUCAAGGGUAGAAACAUUAUUGAUAACACCUUGCUAGUUCAGGAAAUUAUUAAUGGCUAUUAUAGGAAGAGCCUUUCACCUAGAUGUGCUGUCAAAAUUGAUUUGCAAAAGGCUUUUGACUCUGUUAGUUGGGAAUUCUUGUUGAAUGUACUUGCUGCUAUGAGGCUCCCUGAUAUUUUCUAUAAUUGGAUUAAGGCCUGCAUUACUACUCCAAUGUUCUCUCUCUCUUUAAAUGAUGUUGUGUUGGGAGUGCAAAGCACUUUAGAUAAGUUUUAUGAGCAUUCUGGUCUUAAACUAAAUGCUCAGAAGACAGAACUGUAUGAUUGUGGUUUGAAUAUGCUUGACCUGGAGCAGAUCCGAUUGGCUACUGGGUUUAGGUUGGGACAACUCCCAAUGAGGUAUCUUAGGGUGCCUCUGGUGACCCGCAAACUCACAGGUAAAGACUGUGAAGCUCUUUUGACAAAGAUUAAGGACAAGCUUAGGCAUUGGUCUAACAAGAACCUGAGUUAUGGUGGUAUGCUCCAAUUGGUUAAAACUGUAUUGUUCAGCAUUUUUAACUACUGGAGUAGGCAGCUGGUUUUACCCAAGGGGAUCAUCAGGGACAUUGAAUGCCUUUGUAUGCGAUUCUUCUGGAAGGGAAGUGAUUCCCCAGCAAAAGGAGCUCGUGUGGGAUGA